AUCAGCAGACAAAACCGCGGAGCACUUGCACAAGGGUUUAGUCCUGCUGUAGACAUCAGGCGAUACUUAUAGUGAAUGUGACUAACAUCGUCCGAGGAGAAAAUAAGGUCCCUUAGAUAAUAGACGGCACCGCUGAAAGAAUAAAAUGGUUCCUCUUCUUACAAUGGUGAUGCUGCUGCUUGCUGCACCAAAUCCUGUCAGGGGUAAUGGUCGUCUAAUGGAGCCACCUUCACGUAGCAGUAUGUGGCGUUAUGGGUUCGCCACUCCGAUAAAUUAUAACGACAACACCCUCAAUUGUGGAGGGUUUUAUAUGCAGUGGUACGUAAACGGAGGCAAAUGUGGGGUGUGUGGUGAUCCAUGGACACAAAAGACCCCGAGGAACAACGAAGCGGGUGGGUUGUUUGGCAAUGGGAUCAUCACACGAACCUAUACAGAGAGCCAAGUCAUUGACGUGACUGUUGAAAUUACAGCGAAUCAUAAUGGGUGGUUUGAGUUUCGCCUUUGCCCUCACAAUGACCCGAGCACGCCAGUAACACAGGAUUGUUUGGACCAGCACUUGCUUCACUUUACUAAUGACUCAGGAACUAGCUACAACAUCGGGACCGAUACCGGAUUUAUAAAUAUGAAGCUAAAUUUACCAGCUGGGGUUACCUGUACUCAGUGUGUGCUUCAAUGGAAAUGGCAUACUGGUAACAACUAUGGUUUCGAUGCAAGUGGCAGCUGCGUUGGGUGUGGACAAGAACAAGAAGAGUUUUAUGGCUGCUCGGAUAUCGCUAUCACAGCAUCUGACGAUCACACUACUGAUCCGUUCUUAUACAACCCUUCUCAACAGCAGAUCAAAAGCUCCAUAACACCUUUUCAAACCUCACCAGAACCCACUCAGCCGUUUUCUUUGUCCCUACAUCCGCAGCAGAUGACAGGCACCAUCACAUGUCAUGCUAUAAACGAAUGGGCGGGUGUGCCACUGCUAGACGACUAUUGUUUAAACCAGUGUUCUGUAGGAAGCUGUCCGUUAUCCUUUUGUUCUUGUUCUAAUUCUUCGUCAUCUGAAAGUCCUCCUCCCAUGUCACCGCUUUCAACGCUAAAGACCACAGUUAAUGACAUGCUUACUACCCUGCCUGUUACACCCGUUAGAACCUCUUACCAUGUUAGCUGCCAUGCCGUCAACGGUUGGCAGGGCGUAGAACACUUAGAUCUCUGGUGCAAUGAAAACUGUCUUGCCGGACAAUGCCCCCAAGAGUACUGUCAAUGUGUCAGCACAGAUAUGGCUUCAGAAUCGACAACAAGCACCACACCGGAGUAUACAACACCCGAUUCCGUUAUUUCCACUACUACAGUGCAUUUACGGCAAUGUCACGCAGUCGGUCAGUGGGCUGGUCAGCCGCAGCUGGACCGGUGGUGUUCUGAAAUCUGCUCCCGUUAUGAAUGUGAUCCACAGAUUUGUAUCUGUGACGUGCCACACUCAAGUACGAAUCCCACUGAGGUGACAUGCUACGCUAUAAACGGGUGGAGUGGCGAGCCCUCCUUAGAUGAAUGGUGUAAAACAAACUGCAAUAAGGGUGUCUGUCCUCAAGAGUACUGUGCCUGUGGGUCCCUGUCCACUUCCCCAACCAUCAAUGUGUCCUUAACAAGCAGCAGCAGUAAACAGCCUUCCAACGUGUCGGCGGGUGUAACGUUACAGGCUGAUUGUCAUGCUCUCAAUGCCUGGGCUGGCUUGGAUGCGCUGGACCACUGGUGCCUUCAAGAGUGCGAUCUUGGCAACUGCCAUCCCUCCUUUUGCUUUUGUAACCCAUAACACCAACCGACUUCUCAACAUUGUGGUCAAACGGUACAUUUUGUCAAAACUUCUUAGCCCUCUGGCCACAACAGGUCAUUUCUGCUACGUGCCGGAGCAGUUCCGUGUCUAACGGGCUUUGAGUUAGUCUGUCAUUAUGUACAUCGUAAAAAUUGCAUAUAUGAUAAACCAUCCAACGCUGUCUCACACUUCUAUGUCCAUAUGAUAGCUUUGGUUAUUUACAAGUACUCCUUAGACAACGAAACAUAGAGAGGCAUUUGUAUCUGAGUGAACUGAACUUACAAAAUACAUUGAAACAGUCAAAAGCACAUCACUUGAUUAAAUUAUUUCUAUAGUCUCCCCCAUAUCACACGUCUUUCUACAUUCACUAUAAAUAAAUAUUCUGGCGUCUUAAA